CGAGCCGAGCCCUGACACUGUCCGUCCGCCUUCUGGCUCCGGGGAGCCCGGACUGGCCGGUGCCCGAGAGGUGGCAGCGCGGGGAGCCCCACGCGCAAAGUGAGCGGACCCGACGGGACGGGGCUAGAGGAGGCGCUGCCGCCACAGUAGCCAGUGACCGGGGUGCGGAGCCGCGGCCUCCCGGACCCUGCUGCCCAGGCCCGCCGAGGAGAGCGGGGAGUACGAAAACCCCACCCUCUGGGGCACCCCAGGAGCGGAGGCGGGAGCGGGGCCGGGAGCCACCUCCCUCCCCGUGGAAGAGAAGACCCUUACCAUCCGGGCGAGGGGAAGAAGAGACCCUUAUAGGGGCGAGUCCCACGGUCUGGAAGGCGAGGAAAAUCCCCUUGCUGGCCCGGGAAUAGACCUGCAGAAGUAGAAAGGGGCGAUCCUUCCAAGGAAGCAGAGUGAGCCCGCCCCGGCUUGCCUCCGCCCCUCCAAACACACUCGCAGCACUUCGGGACUUUUGGGGCUAAGAGAAGGGGGGGGUAAGCCUAUGGAAUAGGCACCCUCCAUCCUCUCCAGUACUCACAGAAGCAGAGGACACUCCAGGGAAAGAAGAGGAAUCGACUUUCAGCCUUUCGGGAGAGGGGAGGGACUCUCCCCUCAACUUCCUUGUACCUAGACAGUGGAACAGGGCAGAGCCCCUCCGCUCAGAUCUCUAGCAGACCGGAGGAGCCCUCUACUCUUGAAAGAUCCAGUUUGGGGGGGAGGGGGACUCCCCCAAGGGGGAGGAGACAGCUCCUGGUUGGGAGAGGCUCCUCCCCUCCUCCCCGGCGCAACUGGCAGAGUGUGGGGGGUGUGCCACCUUCCCCAGGUAGGACCUCCUUCUCCUCCUCCCUCCGCUCCUUAUCCUCAGGGGGCCCAGAUCCCCUCCCCAGCUUGGGAGGCUCAGCUAAGUCCGGGAAGAGCCACAGAGGAUGAGACUCUUCAUCUGCCUUUGAAGAGGGGAAUCCCUCCAACCCCAAACUCCAGUACCAGGUGGUUCCCUCCCUUUGGUGGGGGAACCUUGGAGACAGAGCCCAAAAGAACCAUGGCUUCUGACCUAGAGAGUAGCCUCACCUCCAUAGACUGGCUUCCGCAGCUGACUCUCCGAGCUACCAUUGAGAAGCUUGGGAGUGCCUCCCAGACUGGGCCUCCUGGGGGCAGCCGCAAGUGUCCACCAGGCUCACCCACAGACCCUAAUGCCACCCUGAGCAAAGAUGAAGCAGCAGUCCACCAGGAUGGCAAACCACGAUACAGCUACGCCACCCUUAUCACCUAUGCCAUCAACUCUUCUCCAGCCAAGAAGAUGACCCUCAGUGAGAUUUACCGCUGGAUCUGUGAUAACUUCCCCUAUUACAAGAAUGCUGGCAUUGGUUGGAAGAAUUCAAUUCGGCACAACCUUUCUCUCAACAAGUGUUUCCGGAAGGUGCCCAGACCUCGGGAUGACCCUGGGAAGGGCUCUUAUUGGACAAUCGACACCUGUCCUGACAUCUCCCGAAAGAGAAGACACCCUCCAGAUGAUGACCUGUCCCAGGACUCACCAGAACAGGAGGCAAGCAAGAGCCCCCGGGGAGGUGUUCCAGGGAGUGGAGAAGCCUCCCUGCCUCCUGAGGGGAACCCUCAGAUGUCACUGCAGAGCCCCACAUCUGUCACCAGCUACAACCAGGGCACAGGAUCUGUGGAUGGUGGAGCAGUGGCUGCAGGGGCUCCAGGUCGAGAAGGUGCUGAGGGUCCCCCUCCCUUAUAUAACACCAACCAUGACUUCAAAUUCUCCUACGCAGAGAUCAAUUUUCAGGAUCUGAGCUGGUCCUUCCGCAACCUCUACAAAUCCAUGCUGGAGAAGUCCUCUUCCUCCUCUCAGCAUGGCUUUUCGUCUCUCCUGGGGGACAUGCCACCCUCUAACAACUACUACAUGUACCAGCAGCAGCAGCAGCCACCACCUCAACAGCAGCAGCCGCCGCCACAGCCACAGCCACAGCCCCAACAGUCACAGCCACAGCAGCCGCAGGCACCAGCCCAGGGCCCCUCAACUGUAGGGGGUGCUCCUCCACUGCACACCCCAAGCCCAGAUGGUUGUACCCCACCAGGGGGCAAGCAAGCUGGGGCUGAAGGCUAUGGGCCUCCCUCUGUGAUGGCCAUGCAUCCACCCCCACUGCAGCAUGGAGGCUACCAUCCUCAUCAGCAUCAUCCCCACUCCCACCCUGCCCAGCAGCCGCCACCACCACAGCCACAGGCACAAGGCCAGGCUCCUAUUAACAGUACUGGUUUUGCCUUUCCUCCUGACUGGUGCUCCAAUAUCGACUCCUUAAAGGAAAGCUUCAAGAUGGUGAAUCGACUUAACUGGUCCAGCAUUGAGCAGUCACAGUUCUCAGAACUGAUGGAGAGUCUGCGGCAGGCAGAGCAGAAGAACUGGAGCCUUGACCAGCAUCACAUUGCCAAUCUGUGUGACUCCCUCAACCACUUCCUUACUCAGACUGGUCACGUGCCCCCCCAAGGGGGCUCCCACCGGCCACCAGCCCCUGCCCGUAUUGAUGACUCCUGUGCCCUCACCAGUGGCAAACAAGAGCCAGCCCUGAACCAAGUCAACUCUUAUGGGCACCCCCAAGCCCCCCACCUUUACCCUGGCCCGUCACCAAUGUACCCAAUCCCCACCCAGGACUCAGCAGGAUACAAUCGCCCAGCACACCAUAUGGUCUCUCGGCCACCGGUUCCGCCUCCUGGUGCCAAUGAGGAGAUCCCUGAUGACUUCGACUGGGACUUGAUCACUUAGUGCAUCACAGAGUGUGACUCUCAGCCCAGGGCUGGGUGGUGAAGUCUGGCAGUGGGGAAAGAGCGGCCCCAGCCCAUCCCUUCUCCCCUUGCCUGUAUAUAAAUAUAUAUCUUCUUGUUUUGUUCUUUCUCUGUCAGAGAAGCCACCGCAAGAUGCUGCCGAAGAUAACCCCUCUCCUGCCUCAUUCUUCCUCUUUCUUCUUGCUUUUUUCCCCUAAUUCUUUUAUUAUUAUUCUUAUUAUGUUAUUAUUAUGAUUAUUGGUUAUAUGCGGUCCUCUGUCUCCUGUCCCUAUACCAUCAACCAUGUGCACCCCUUGCUAAUUUAAAAUCAUCUGGCUGGAAGGUGAGGCUAUAACUGUAGAGAAAGGUUUCAAAUUCGGAUUUACCUUUCUCUCUGAGAAAUUCAAUGCUAAUCACACCUUCCGGCUCCAAAUUGUUUUCUGUUCUUGUUAAUAUUCAGUCCAGGACUGGAGAGGCCACAUUAUCAAGUAGAAGAAUCCCAAGCACUGCUUGGCAGCCAUGACUUUGCAGGUUUUACUCAAUGGUGCUAAUUUUGUCCUCUGAGCUCUUCCUUGUCCCUUUAUAUCUUCAGUCCUACUUCUGUUGAUCCUCAUUUCUUACUGAGGGUAAGAGUGAUGGGGGUGGUGCCAGAAGGUGGCCAGAAUCCUAGUGGAAUAAGAGGCCUGGGUUGGGUGGAAUAGAAUACUGCAGCGGGGUGAUGGAAUGUGAAACAUUCAGGAGUUGGUAUAAAUACUGUGUCAAAUCGACGUCAAUUGGCUUGUCCCUAGGCCAUUCUCUAAGGGAGACAGGGCGGGUCUGAGCCAGACACUGCAACUACAGUAGGGAUGAGGAUGACUGUUCAGCAUAGGGUCAGCUUUCUGGAAAUGUUUUCAUUGUAACCAUUUGGCUUUUUAAACAUAAUUUUCUCUGAAAGUUAACUGUGGCUCUUAUUAGCAUUUACAAAUUAUUCUUCAAUCUCUCUUUCCCAUUGAGCAAAUAUUAUAUUGUCUUCCUUUGGUUAUUUGCUCAAUUCUUCUGCUCAUCUUAUUUUCUCCCCUCACUUUCUGGCAUUCUCAAGAUAGAAAAGUAACCCAUUAUCACUCUUAGUUUUAUCACGUCCUAGGACAGGAUGGGAAUCUCUUUCCCGCUGAUAAGAGCAGAGCCAACCCGAAUUGGUGGUAGGAGGGUGGGGAAAGAAAAACAAAGCUGGCGUAGACAUGGGAAGGAACUAUUUCAGUUUUUUAACUAUGUAGGCAAAUGUUUCUGUUGGAAUCCAGACCACUGGGGCUGAAACUUUUGCAGUUGUCUUUUGAGGGGGUGAAGGAAUUUGGUAGUAUGGAGUAAAUAAUUUAGAUGGAAGAAUUCAAUGAGGACCAAGGGAGACCCCCAGAAAAAGGUAUAGGGAUAACUUAUCUCCUUUAACAAGGAGUGGCCAUGAUUUAUUGCUGCAAAGUACUUAGUGUAUAUUUAUGUGAAUUGUUGAAUUUUAGUUAUGGGUGGGAAGAACAGUUUUACUUCUGUUUUUAUUUCACUGAAUGUUUAGUUUCUGAAAGCUACAGGACAAAACGUAAGGAACGGACAGGGCCACUCUCUGUGAUUUCUGCUUUUUGUUCAUAUUCUUUUAUUUACUGAUGAUUUCCAAAAGAUUUAGCUUUCCACUCUCCUGUUUCCCCCCUCCUCCACCUCUUCCUUUCUUUGUAAGGGGGUUAUAUACGAGAGUUUGUUGAAGAUGUCCAGUGAGGCUGAAGUAACGGGGCAAGAAAGGGCAGUUGACUGAAGAGCACUUUAUUUCUUUGAAGUUCUUUGUAAGAGUGGGGGUGUGAGUGGCUUGAAUCCCCCGUUGUAUUGGAGGGCAGUUAGUGGGGUUGAAGUAUCACAUGAUAUUUCCCAUUGUGGAAAGGAGAAUUUCUCAUAGAGGGUGGCACAAUGCCUUUGCCCAGUAUUGCUAUUUUGGGCCUCUCUUUCUUAGUCCUUCCAAUCAAGGUGUCACCUGCACACAACUUCCCACCUGUUCUCCCUAAGAUCCCCCCUUUACAUAUCACCCCUAUUUUGUAAACCCCUUUUCUACUCAGAUCCAGACAGGGUUUGCAAGGGUAGACUAAAUCAUACAUGUAAAUGUCCCUUGUUUAUAAUUCAUCUGUGUCUUAAAACAAAAACAAAAAACUAGUCUCAUUAAGAACUCUGGUGGGCUGUCAGAGUAACUGAAGUUUGGGGCUAGGGCUGGAGAUUGGCCAUCAGGUCUUUUGGGACUUAAGGUCCCCUCCACUAAACUCAGCCUUGCUCAUAGGCACAGGACAAACCUGACCCUCUUUGGGCCUCAGUUCCCCACCCCUCUCUAUGAAAUGGAAGAAUACUACUUUUUCUUGUUGGUUCAGCAUUGCUGGACUGGAAGUAUAGUCGUUGUUGUAUUGGGUGAUGUGUGCAAAACUGCAGAAGCUCACUGCCUGCAAGAGGAAAUAAGGGGGAAGGUGGAGGAGAGGGACAGAUACAAUAACUUGGUAUAGAUCCACCCAUCCCUGCCUUCCUCUCUUCAACCCCUAUGUUUCUGGUUUGGUGAGUCCUUCCUACCAUUCAUAAUGCUUUGCAUUGGUGCAGGCUGGGAAGGGGGGUAUGGUCUCACAAUUGUUGUUGUUGU